AUGUCUGCUGUCGCCAUUUUGGCAUAUCUAGCAGCGGCUUCAUGGGGUGUUGCUGUUAUUGUUCUCCUAGGCAUUAUGCAUGACUGGUGGGGUCUUGGGGUUGUUCUCAUGUUGAUGGUUGCACGACUAGCCAAUGUGAUUGUUAUUCGUCGCAGAGCAGAGCCUGGGUGGUUCGGUGCCAAAGAACCCGGCAAGAUGGGCGAUCUUCUAGUCCUUCUCAGCCAAGACCGCUGGGUCAGGAUCCAAGGCGCUGUCGACCACUUAAAGGCUGUGACUUCAGGUCAAUGGCUUCGAGAUCAGUCUAUGAGGGAAAGCUGGGUUGCAGCUUUCGCCACCAUCGUCGUCUAUCUCGCGGCAGCAUUUGUCAGUAACGCGACGCAGUUUGGCAAGAUCUUGAUACUGGCCCUUCUGGGUGGCUCUGCGGCUCUCUUGGCCGUAUCAAACUCCUUGACAGACAAACUAUUAAUGCACGGCUAUGUCUUGCAGUUGGCGGGUGGAGAACCUAAAAGUAUGAAAGGCGUACAAUUCUUGCUGAUGAAUUGGUUAAAGAAAUGCGCCGGACGAUUGGGCUAUCAGUAUGGGUUUGAUUCCAAGGAGAUCCAAAUCAGACGGAACUACAGAAACGCCCGUAAUAAUAUACCACCCUACGACUACUAUACCCUUCCCAAGCCCUUUGAUUGA